GAGGAGGGGUUAAGAGCCCGGGGCUCUAGAGGCAGAGAGCAGUGGAUUCAAAUCCUGACCUUUUGGUAAAAUUAUUCAACCACUCCGUGACUCAGUUUACCUAUCUGCCAACUGGCGACAAUGGUACGUUCGAGGAUUGUUAGAAUAUCGUAAAGGGCACUCACGCACUGCCUGGCACCCAGGCAGAACUUCAUCCUACUAUUAUUGUUGUUAUUGGUAGCUUGGGGGCGGGACGCUGCCACCGGCCUCCCCAGCGGUUUCCUGUGAGGGAGCCGGCGGCCCCGCGGGCCUCGCUCCCCCUCCUCCCAGUCGCUCGCUCCUCUCCCCUUCCUCUCCCGGCCCUUUUCCUCCCCGCCUCCCCCCGCCCCGCCCCGCCCCGCCUCUUUCCUCGGAGGAAACUUUCCGCUGGCUGGUCCAUCGGCCCGUGUCCGGCCCGCGCUGCCGCGGCCUGGGAGCCGAGAGGGGCAGGCGGGGCGGCCGGGACCGGACGGGGCGGCAGCGGUCGGGUCCAGGGUGUAUGCGGCGGCCGAACGCGCCGGGGCCGGCAGCGGGGAAGCGGGGCGCUGACGGCUGGCCGGGGGGGCUGCCCUUCCACCCCCGGAGCGCAGCAUGGACGCCCCCCGAAGGGACAUGGAGUUGCUCAGCAACAGCCUGGCGGCCUACGCACACAUCCGCGCUAACCCCGAGAGCUUUGGCCUCUACUUCGUGCUGGGAGUCUGCUUUGGCCUGCUGCUAACGCUGUGCCUACUAGUCAUCAGCAUCUCCUGUGCGCCCCGCCCGCGGCCCCGGGCCCCUGCUCCGCGCCGGGACCCCCGCAGCAGCACCCUGGAGCCCGAGGACGACGAUGAGGACGAAGAGGACACGGUGACGAGGCUGGGCCCCGACGACACGCUCCCAGGCCCAGAGCUGUCCGCCGAACCCGACGGGCCCCUGAGCGUCAACGUCUUCACGUCGGCGGAGGAGCUGGAGCGGGCGCAGCGCCUGGAGGAGCGCGAGCGGAUCCUGAGGGAGAUUUGGCGCACCGGACAGCCGGACUUGCUGGGUACUGGCACGCUGGGGCCCAGCUCCACGGCCACAGGCACCCUGGGUCGUAUGCACUAUUACUGACCCGUCCCGCUCCCGCUUCGAGGCACUCUGAGUACUGGUCAGGGGCGUGAACUCAGAGCUGCCCCAGGACGUUGGAACUGCCCCUGCCUGCGGUGCUAUGGAGGCCCCACCCCCCACAGCUUCCUCAGUGCUGUUGCGCAUGGAUUCCCCACCUUCCGGGACCCCCAGUCCUGCCAGAAAGCCCGUGGGGGACGACAGGACACAGGAUCCCCAGCCUCUCUCUGGGGACCGGUUAAGAGAUGAAGUGACCAAUGAAAACUGCAUUCUCAGUGA